AUGCCCGCCUCUUCUCCGUCUCCCGUGGGCAACGACGACGGGCCGUCGCUGACCGCGUCGGCGAUCGUCGCUCCAGCCGUGUCCGGGUCGCACGUCGUCAAGGUAGACGGCUACUCCCGCACCAAGGGGCUUGGCAACGGCAAACGCAUCAACUCCGAGACUUUCACCAUCGGAGGCCACCGAUGGUGUGUGCACUACUACCCUGACGGCGUUGUCUCAGACGACGCCGAUUGGAUAUCCAUUUUCCUGUUCUCUGACCGAAGUGAUGGUACUGAAGUCAAAGCAGAGUUCAAGAUAAGUUUGCUUGACCAAGAUAGGCAGCCAGUGCCGCAGUACAGUUUCAGCGCCCUGAUACGCACCUUCUCCAGCAAAGAAGCUGCAUGGGGCUUCGGUCAUUUCAUCAAAAGAAAAGACUUGGAUGAAUCCCCUUACCUCAAGGAUGAUGUUUUCAGCAUCAGGUCCGAUGUCACCGUGUUAAAGGAGAUCUUCACCGAGCCAAUCCUGCCGUCUAUGGUGGUGCCGGUGCCACCGUCCGACAUGCACCAGCAUUUUGGACAGCUGCUCUUGGCCGGCGAGGUGGCCGAUGUCACUUUCGAGGUCGGUGCGGAGACAUUCGCUGCACACAGGUGCAUACUCGCAGCUCGGUCGUCGGUCUUCAAGGCGGAGCUGCUUGGUACCAUGAAGGAGAAGACCGCAACUCACAUACGUAUCGACGAUAUGGAACCCAAGGUGUUCAAGGCUUUACUCCACUUCAUCUACACCGACUCGCUGCCCGUGAUGAACGAGGGCGAUGAGGCAGCGUUUGCUCAGCAUUUGCUGGUAGCGGCAGACAGGUAUGACAUGGAAAGGCUGAAGGUGAUCUGCGAGGGGAAGCUGUGCGAUCACAUCUGCAAGAGCACGGCGGCGACAACGCUGGCACUGGCUGAGCAGCAUGGUUGUGGUGCUCUGAAGAAGGCGUGCUUCAAGUUCCUGAUGUCUCCAGGUAACCUGAAGGCAGUCAUGGCGUCUGAUGGAUACGAGCACCUGAGGAGCAGUUGCCCAGGUGUUAUGGACGAACUGGUGGCCAUGCUUGCUCCUUGA